GCAAAUCUAUGCCCUGUCCCUUUCGUAAUCCCGGAGAACGCUCUGCUGUCUGAAAAGGAGUUUUAUGUUGAUCAGAAUGUGUCAAUCAAGUGCAGGAAAGGCUUCCAGCUCCAAGGCCAAGGCAUCAUUACCUGCAACCCCGAUGAGACAUGGACACAGACAGAUGCCAAGUGUGAGAAAAUCUCUUGCAGCCCACCAGCUCACGUAGAAAAUGCGAUUGCUCGAGGUGUGCAUUAUCAGUACGGAGACAUGAUCACCUACGCAUGUUACAGUGGAUAUAUGUUGGAAGGUUCCCUGCGGAGCGUCUGCCUAGAAAAUGGAACUUGGACAUCACCUCCUAUUUGCAGGGCUGUCUGUCGAUUCCCAUGUCAGAAUGGAGGUGUCUGCCAACGCCCAAAUGCCUGCUCCUGCCCAGAUGGCUGGAUGGGACGCCUCUGUGAAGAGCCGAUAUGCAUUCUUCCCUGCCUGAACGGAGGCCGAUGUGUGGCCCCUUAUCAGUGUGAUUGCCCACCAGGCUGGACGGGGUCCCGCUGUCAUGCAGCUGUCUGCCAGUCUCCCUGCUUAAAUGGUGGGAAGUGUGUCAGACCCAACCGAUGCAAUUGUCUCUCAGAUUGGACAGGACCCGACUGUUCCAGGAAAAGGAGGACGGGAUUUUAACCACUGAUCACCACGGGCUCUCCCCAAAGCAGGAUCGUCUCUUCCUGUGAAAGCCUGGGCAUCCAGGAUCCUCAGAAAGAAAAUCCAACUUGGUGCUGGAUCAUGUUCCAUUUAGUAAAUUUGUUGUUUGCAUUUA